AUGGACCUACCUUUCCAGGAAUUUUACGCGCGUGUUAUGCCAAUGUCGCAAUCGCUUGUUCUUUUGCUGCAUCAUCGCGAGGAAAUCGCGGAUGCAUUGGAUACCUUUUUAACGCUAGAAGAACGGAAAAAUUGGAAUGCAUGGGACGCGGUGCUUGAUCUGAUACCACGGUUUGCAUUUGAUCUUGGUUCCGAGAUCUUGCCGGUAUAUGGCAAGCUGCUCCUUGCCAUGCUCCGUGCAGCAUCGUUGAUUGAUAAAGCAUUGACGAAGGACGAGGGCGUAGCGGCGCGGCUUACCGAACGUGCAUACAACAGCAUUGCAUGGGUAUUUCGUACAAUUGCAUCCUUGAUCAAGAAAGACACAGCGCUGCUCGUGGAGAGUUGGCGUGUGAUGCGUACAUUCUUAGGGUUUGUCGAGACGGAUGGCGAGGAUGAAGACGAGGAUGAUGAAGACGAGGAUGAAAAGUUGGAAGAUGCUCGCCCAAAGUGUACCAGCCGCUCCAAGACACAGACACGGCGCUUUGCAUCCGAGGCGCUAGCACACCUCAUCCGCAAAGCACCGCGUGCACAGAUUGAGGUGCUUGCCACGCAAAUGUACAGCGAUACGAGCUCCAUUGAUGUGUCGUAUGCCGUGGCAUCUACCAUUGCCAACAGUUGUGAGUCUGGUGGCGGCACAUUGCAUUCGCGCAUGCCCGAGCUACUGGACUCGUUCCUCCUGUGCCAUGCCGAUGCUGCAGUAUGCCGCAAUGUCGGAACCCUUGUCUUUACCGCGAUUGUGCACCAUACCAAGGCAGAGAACAUGCACACGCCAACCCAACUGCUGAUCCGCUGGGCGAGUGAAGCUGCAGGCGCGCGUUUAGAAACUAUCCUCUUGUGGCUCACUGCCUGCGUCGGCACACGCAAAGGUGCGCGUGUUCCCGCCGAAGUAAAAGGUCCACUCUUUGGCUACCUCCGCACACUUGAUACCCAAUUGGAAUGGGACAUUGCGCACGCGGCACUACUGCAAACUUACUGCACCCUGUUGGCCAUUGCCCUCCCGAUUGGGCGUGUGCAGGACAUGACCGGCGCUGGCGUCGACCUGCUUGGCGCCUUGGCGGCACGCACUCAAUCGGCGGAUUUCACGCUUGCCUGGACAGCGUUUGAAGGCGUCACACGUGCGCUUUUGUCGUGGCCGAGUUUCCGGGCAUUCCAUCUUCCCGUCGUGCUGGAUAUAUGUGCCACAAUCCUGGAGAAAGGAUCGCUUUCCCAACAAGACGUUGCAUUGGCUCUGCUAGCCGAUUUGGAAGAUGCCGGCCAAUUAGCACACCUUAUGGAUGCACCGCCGACCAGCACCGUGUUGCGAUGGACGAAGCGCACGCGCAAAAUUGUCGAGAAGCGACUUGGUGCGUAUGCCGCAUCGUUGCAGGCGCAUUCCGCAAUGUCGGAUCUUGCUGCAGUUCGGCUCGCGCCUCGGUUUCCUGCUGCGGCAUCCGCUACGAUUGCGUCGAUGGCGGACGGAAUUGUAGCUCUCCUUGGUGCGAGUGAGCCAGAGGACAUUGCGAUCCUCGGCUUGCUCCUCCGCACCAUUGUGCGCACAGCAAGAAGUGCGUCUAAAGUUGUGCCUGCAAUGGCUGCUCUCCUGGAUGGCCCUGCUACCCAACUUUUGUCGUUUUCCAAGCGACACGCCGUGAUUGUGCCGCUUGCGCAGCUAAUUACUUGGGCUGCUGAGCAUAACGUACCGCUUCCAAAACACGCAGACGCACUGGCCGAGUGCGCUCCUUUGCUAUACAGUGCUGACCGUGAUGCUGUUAGAGCCGCAUUGACCAUCCUUGCCGCGACCGUGAAAACAGAGUGCAAUGUGUACAAACUUUUGCUCGACACGGAAGAGACUCCUCUGGAUAUCCCGAAUCUCACCGCGCGGAACGUGAAGCUGCAGUAUGCACGGCGUGAGGCCUCCAAGACACUGCCUCAUGACGAUCCACAGAUUGCAUCUUUGAUUGCGUACGCAAUCGGGACCUUGAAACUGAAUUUUCGACCCGUAUGGGCUGAAUCGCGCAGCGCGUUGGUUUUGUUAGCAAGUCAGGCCGCCGAUACCGUCUGGGACUGCACUUUCCAGCAGCUGUGUAAUCCAGAAGAGCAGUGGGAUAUUUGGCCGUUUGACCACGACGAGCCCGACACGCCAUUUCAGCCCGCCGACGACGCGAAUUUGCAGGAUCCGCAGCGCGAGAAGAAGGUUGCCAAGCUCCACGCGCUCUUGUCGUUUGCCAAUCCACGUACGCCGACGACGCUCGCGAUGCAGCAGCUCGGCACGCUGUAUUCUCCACAUAUCCGCUUCGACACUGCUCAUUAUGUCGAGCAGCUUUUACUUUUGUACAAGCAGCAUGCUGUCCUGGCCGAGCGGCACAAUACCCCUUUUGUCGAGUACAUCCUCGCACAAUGGCCGCUGCUCACCGGAUCGUCGCCUGCACGACUCCCUGCGCAAGUGCGCCUGAGCCGCUUGCAGCACACACUUGAAAUUUUUGGCGCUUUUAAAAAUCCGCGCGCGAUGCAUGCGGCCGGUGCAAUGCGCGAAAACUUUAUCGCGCUUUGUGCACACCCUGAGCUUGUGAUACAGCGCAGCGCAUUGGAUGCACUGCUCGCGUGGAAGGAUGCUUUUCUUGUCCACCACGAAGCGACACUGCAUGCACUAUUGGAGCCCGCCAAGUUCCGCGAUGCGCUUGCACACAUGGACCUUGGCGCGCAUUCCGAGCAGAUUUCCAGCGAGACUCGCCCCGCACUGAUGGCUGUGUUGCUUCGUCUGUUGUAUGGGCUCUUGGUGUCGCGUCGUGGUGUGCGUACGUCUGGCGCAGGACAACAUGCGCGCCGUACGGCAAUUUUAGCGGCGUUGUACGAAGCUGCGCCUUCCGAGUUGCGUGUCUUGACAGACUUGAUGCUUGCGCCAUUCCACGACCCCGGCGCAGAGGUAAACGGCGAGUUUGUGCCAAAUUUGGAUCUCAGCGCCGCGCUGCGGCAGCAAAUUGGUCUGCUUACCAUGCUCGGCGAUGUACUCAAGCAGCUCGGACGUGCUCUUGAGGAUGAAAUGCCAAGAAUCCUUGCCGUAACCGUCCAAGUAGCCAGCCACGUGUGGCACCCAGAAACGGUGGUGCCAGACGAGGAGCAUCAAGUGAAAUCCGCUCGGCGCCUAAGUCUCCGGCGUCUCACCGACACUGUGCGCUACGCAACAGUGCCAGACUGGCCAAAGUAUACCACUGCGAUUCUCGAUUUUGUUCUUCCACGUGCCGAGACAUUGUCUGUCGACGGUGUCCAGUCCAGCUCUGCACUUCUCGAACUGAUUCGAGCGUGGAGCAGCCACACGGAAACGUUGUGCUUCUUCCGUAACCGCGCACUGCUUCCCGCUGUAUAUGCAUGCCUCGCAAGUCCGCAUAUCAAGCCGGCAGUUGUAUAUGUGAUAUUGGACAUUGCCGAGCACAUACUCGCUGCCGUCACCGAUGCAAUCAGUGAUACUGUCCAGAGUGAGAUUGUCGCGCCCAGUGUCCCUUCGCUUCUGUCCAAUCUUUUUCCGUUGGUUGAGCACACGGUGCGCCAUUCCUUUUCGCAUUCGCUCACGCCGCAUGUGCGCGACGAACUGCUCCGUCGCCAAGUCGCGCUCCUCGCGGAGUUGGCUGCGUAUAUGGACAAGGCAUCGGACGCGCGCGCUGUCUUGGAAUUGCUCGUGCCCCUCAUCCGGUCAGGCGGCCGCAGUGUUCCGGAACGGACGAAAACGGCUCUGCUGCACACGUUUGAAAUGCUCAUGCCUUUGGCUGACUUGGACGCGAACGCAUUUGCUGAUAUGUAUGCCUUGUUUUGCCGCCUCGGUGCCGAGCUUGGUGCACGAACGGCAAGGCUGCUGUACACAAAAGCGUUCGCCCAGCUCGCCGCACUGCAGCCGCGUUUGGCACGCGUCGUGCAGUGGAUCCAGGCGCUGAAUGCGUAUUCAACCAAGUACAUUGACGAGCCAGACUUGGAUGUGCGGCUCGGGGCCAGCGAUGAGAUUCUCAAGGUGGAAGUGCGUGCGGAGGAAUGGCAUGCACUCCUGUACAACAUGCUCUUUUACAUCACUGAUGAGGAGCUCGCAAUGCGCUCCAGUGCAUCUGCGAUAUUGCAAAAGUUUAUUUGCGAGGCGCAGGACGAGGCGUGCAUUGAGAUGGCGCUUCGUGUGCUGCUCCCGGGCUUGCGGCGCAGGCUGCGCAGCAAGUCAGAGCCUGUGCGCAAAGAAGUGUUUGCGCUGUUGGGUGCUGCCGUAUCGCACCUAUCUAAAGCGAUUCCGAGUUUGGCAGAGAUGCAAGGACUUUUGAUGGGUGGCGAUGAGGAAGCGAGUGUGUUUGCCAACAUGUUCCAUAUUCAGUCUCACCGCCGGAUCCGUGCAUUGCAUCGGUUGGCCGAGUACGCAGAGUCUAAAGCACUGCGCAGCAAAACGAUCAGUGACCUCUUCAUUCCGUUGGUUGCGUUCUGUUUGCAGCCAAAGGCGAGUGGUGGGUACGAUAUGAACAUGGCCAACGAGGCGCUGGCUACAAUACGGAGGAUGGCGGCGCAAAUGCAGUGGAGCCAUUACCAUCACUGGCUACGGCAUUUUCUCAAGGAGCUGGGAACUCUGGCUGCAAAAGAAGAGACAUCGCAGGCAGAGCGUCUGUAUGUGCGUGCGGUCGUGAGUUUGUUGGAAGUAUUCCACUUUGAUAUGGAGGAAGUUGCCGACGUGGAGGAAGAUGCAGCUGGAGAGGAUGGGGAAGAAGAUGCAGCUGGAGAUGCAGCGAUCCAAGACACUGUUGUCCAAGACGCCAAUGCCCCUAACAAAGAAUCUCUGCGCGGCGCAAUCGCAAGCAUUGUCGUCGACCGCAUUCUCCCGCAGCUCCAUAAACAUGUGGAAACGCGCGAAGAAAGCCGCAUCCCUGCAAGGCUUCCACUUAUGGUCGGCUCGGCGCGUCUCGCACGUCAUCUGCCUCUAGAGAAGCGCAAUGCACAAUUGUUCAAGGUAUUCAACCAACUCGGCGUUGCUCUUCGAAGCAAGCUGCAGUCGACUCGCGAUGCCUCGCGCGAAAUUGCACUGCAAAUGCUGCGCGCAAUUGGCGUACAAUAUUAUGCUCCCAUGGUCCACGAGCUGCGCCGACUCUUGACCCGCGGACCGCAGUAUGCGGUCUGUGCCUAUACUGUGCACAGUCUUCUUGUCGCUCUCGGCACGAACGAAAAAGGUCCGCCCGCCCUGACCACUUUGGACGACGGCGUGCGCGAUAGUGUCGAUGCUGCAGUCGAGGAUGUGUUUGGCCAAACCAGCGAGACGCGCGAAGGCGCAGAGCUGAAAACCAAAGUGCGCGAGCUGCGCCAGAGCAAGAGUCUCGAUACGUUUGAGCUCCUUGCGCGCCUCACGCACCCAACUCGUUUGAUGGAGCUUUUAAUUCCACUGCGUGAUAUCCUCGCCGAUACAUCCGUGCCAAAGGUGUUGCGCACGAUCGAAGAAUGCCUGCGCCGAAUUGCGUCUGGCGUGCAUGCAAAUACGCAGCUGGAUGCGGCUACACUGCUAACCUUGUGCCAUUCGCUGAUUGUCAAGGGCGUGAGUGUCCUUGGAAAUGUUGCGCCGAAAGCCAAAGGACGCAAAUCCGGCACACACAUUGUCCAACCCACGCGCAAGCAAGCAGAAUCGGCCGUGCAGGACCAUUUGGCCCAAAAUGCGUACAUGUUUGUCGCAUUUGGACUUGAGCUUCUCACGACCUCGCUGCGUCGCUCGCGCUUUGAUGUGCACGACCAAGAGACUAUGCGCAAACUCGUCCCACUCGUCCAUGCCGCAGGAGAGACGCUCUAUGCGCGAAAUGCUGUUGUUGUCGAGCGCGGUCUGCGCGCCGCCGCUGCUCUUUCGCGUCUGCCACUCCCGAAUUUGCGUGAGGCAAUGCCCGUGAUGGAGAAGCAGAUGCUAGCGAUUUUGCGGCAGGCUGGCGGACUGCAUUCCAGCGUCGCACAAGCUGCCGUGCGCUCCUUGGCAACGAUCCUGCGCGAUUGCAAAGUGAGUACGCCAGAAGAGCGGCAGCUCGCUGCACUCUUGCAGCUCGUCACGCCAGAGCUCGAGGAGCCCAGCGCACAAGCAAGCGUGUUUGCUUUGUUGCGCGCUGUCGUCUCUAGAGCCUUUGUGGUCCCAGAAGUGUACGACGUGAUGGACCGCGUUGCGGAGCUUUUGGUCACGAGUUACGAUGCGCAAGUGCGCGAGGUAUGCCGUGCGUUGUUCCUGCAGUUUCUGCUCGACUACCCCCAAGGCAAAGGCAGGCUGCGCAACCAAAUGCAAUUCCUCGCAAAGAAUGUAUCCUACGCGGUCGAGUCUGGCCGGCGCAGCGUGCUGGAGCUGCUGCAGGCGGUAGUAUCCAAGUUCAGUGCACAAGUGCUGCAAGAGUAUGCUGAGUUGUUGUUUGUCGCGCUGGUGAUGGCGCUGGCGAAUGAAACGUCGACGGGGAAUAAGCAGCACAUUGCCAAUGUACUGCGCGCCCUGCUCCUUGCACUUGACGAAACCGCCGCGACGAAAUUGCGGCGCUUGACCCGUGGAUGGGCGCAAGCGCCGCCGACCACACCGACGGCGAUGCAGCUGGGCACAGUCGCUCUGCGUGUCUAUACCCUGUUUCUUGCGCGCGCCGAUGGGUACGCGAAAACGAGUCAGGAAAUUGUGCCCAUCUUGGGCAAGAUUAUAGCGCUGGACGACGAGGAGGCGUGGCAGUACCAGUACCAAGCGCUGUUGACCUUGCAGGCAUACAUGCAAGAGGAUGCAGCGCAGACGGCAGCAUUGAUGAGUGUGGAUGCGUUUGCGCGUGUCGUUGCAUUGCUUACACAUCCCCACGCUUGGUGCAAGAUUGCGGCGUGUCGUAUGCUUGGCGCUGUAUUUGCAGGCAGUGUGCCGAUGACGCAUGUUCUGCAUGUUGACGCGGCGAAGCAAUUGGUCCGCCAGCUACAAGGUGCAACACUCGACGAUGCAUUGACACUGCAAAAUGUCCGGAACCUCGUGUUUAUUGGCAAGGCGUUUGCGCUUAAAUCGCCCAUCGAGGACGUGGAAGAGCACGAGGCGGAAGAGCCCAUGGCAAUGGACGGUGCAGAAGACGACGCCGGGAGCGACGCCGGGAGCGACGCCGAGAGCGACGCCGAGAGCGACGCCGAGAGCGAUACCGAGAGCGAUACCGAGAUGGACAAAGGCAAUGCCUUGGAUGAGAAUCCACUCGCUUGGCUCUUUACAAAAAUGUCGCACGCAGCACGACUUUCGCCGCGUGCAGGCAGCAGAAGCAGCGAGGCGCUGCGUGUCGGUGCUGUGCUCAAAUGGUUCGCCGCGAUGACGACGCAGCUUGAGCCUGCACAGCUCAGCGCACGACUUGUCCAUAUUCUGUCUCCGAUCGUGCGGAUCACUGACGAUGAGUAUGCACAAGAAUCGCUGCGCACAUUAGCGAUGGAGGUCCAGGAGAUGGUUCAGAGUCGCGUGAGCACACCCGCAUUCACACGCGCCUAUGCACAUGUGCGCCAAGCGAUCCAGGUGAAACGCCGCGAGCGCAGGCAUGCACGUCUUAUGGAAGGCAUUGCCGACCCUGAGAAAGCAGCGCGGCGCCGCGCAGCUCGCAAUGCAGCCAAGCACGAGAACCGCAAACGAAAGAAUGCUGCAUUCCGCGACGCACGUAACCAGAAUAAAAUGAAACGCACCCGCGCUGCAUAA